ACGUGGGGGGGGGGUUCUUGGGAGGACUACUGGGCCAUCAGAUUAGCACAAUCCACCUAUCUCGGUCUCAGAUGGCAGAGCUGGGGCAGUUAACGAGUUGGGGGAAAAAGAAAAGAGUAUUGGUAAAAUGCGAGGGAUCAUCAUCUACAGGACAACUAUCUUAUGAGAAAAAUUUCUGCUUGUGUGUCUCUACCGGUGAAGAGAUGUAUAAUCCAAGUGAAUGGUAUAUGGUCAAUCUGUCAAGCAAUAAGGACAAGAAGGAGGAAGAAGAGGAGAAAGCAAGGUUCCUUCUUCCAAUCCCAUCCUCAGAAAUCAGAGGAGCAUACAUGGCUUUCUGCCAUGAGCAACACCACCAAGGAGAGGAUCCACCAAUACUCUCUCCGUUUAUGAAGUUGAACAAGUUUUGUAGUUACAGUGCUUCUUGUGCUGUUGUCGGAUCCACUAUAUAUCGCAUUGGAGGGGAUCAUCGUGGAGGGAAUUUGAAAGGUCGAUGGUCCCGUAAAGUUAGGUUUGUUGAUACUAAUCAUCCGGAUGAGGGUUGGAAGAGAGGUCUUUCCACUCUAUGUGGUAGAUCAAAUACUCCGGUUCUUAGUGUCAAUGGAAAGCUCUAUGUGUUUGGUGGUCACCAUCCUGCUGAUAUUCCAGGCGUUUGGGGGGAGUUUUUAGAUACUACAACCGGUGAAUGGAAUCCUUUGCCUAAUCCCCCGCCUUCUCUUCUUCCGCCUGCUUCUCUUGCAUCUCUGCAUUUCUUUGUUGCCCCUCUUACAGGCGAAUAUUCUGACAAAAUCCUUGUUUGUUCUAAACUUACAAAAGCCUUGUGUCUCUAUGACGUUGAAAAACAUAUUUGGGAAUGUUUGGGUCCUCCAAAAUGUGGUCGCUUCCUUAGCACACCUAUUGUCGUUCUUACCACUAUCUACUGGAUUAAUUUUUAGUCACUGUUUGCUUAUGAUUUUGUUCAGAAAACUUUGAUCAAGAUGCCCAUAACAGAUUUUCAAAUCUGUUGGCUUUUGGAUUCAUACAAAGAGGAUCCAUAUGAAAUGAAGCCAACCCUAGUUCAUUUGAUUGGUGAUGAUUUUUGCU